CCGUGCCGCACCCGCUCGCCGGGCUCUCCAGUCCCGGCAUGCAGCGCGGCGGAGUUUGAAUGGCGCUGGCUAUGCUGAGUGGGCCCCGGCGCUAGGACUCCACCGCCGCCCAAUCCGGCCGCUUGCAUUUGAGGCCGGGCCAGCAGCAGGCACGGUAGCGGCGCUGGACCAUGAGCGGCAGCAGGGAUUUUGAAGAUUAUGGCAUCUGAAGCCCAAAAUGUUAGAAAACAAAACCUAUUGUGUCUUGAAGACCAUCAUCCUGUUGAUCUCCCUAGAAAAAGGAGCUCUCGUUUCAUUAAUGAGAACAUGAAGGAGGGUAAGAAAUCUGCAAAACAUUUGGCUUCUUGCACAAGCAGAACAGUUGGACAAACUGUGACCAGCCCCCACCCUCUCUUCAGAGCAGUCUACUGCAAAAGAAAAGUUCUCUAUUAUUCUCCAAAGCCUUGUUUCAAAAAGAAACAGCUCCCUAAAGUCAAGGGCCGUGACAUGGCAAAUAAGGAAAAUGAACUGGCAUGUGCAGGUAAUCUGCCAGCAAAACUGCCUGCUGAUGGCCGUACAUUCUUACUGAACUCUAGUGAGUCUGGACGCUCUCAGGCAGAAAGUCCUUCGUCAAAGUAUAGUGGAUUUUUUUCAGAGGUUUCUGAAGACCAUGACACGAUGGCACAAGUCCUCUUCAGCAGAAAUCUGCGACUGAAUGUAGCUCUAACCUUCUGGAGGAGGAGAAGUAUAAGUGAGCUUGUAGCCUAUUUAGUAAGGAUACAAGAUCUUGGUGUAGUGGUAGACUGUCUUCCUGUGCUUACCAGCAGUUUACAGGAAGAAAAACCAUAUAUUUCUGUUGGCUGCUGUGUAGAUCUUCUGCCAUUAGUAAAAUUACUGCUUAAAAGUAAAUUUGAAGAAUAUGUGAUAGUUGGCUUAAAUUGGCUGCAGGCUGUGAUUAAAAGAUGGUGGUCAGAACUCUCUGCUCAUACAGAAAAGAUAGAAGAUGGAAAUAUUCAGAUUUUAAAAGAACAAUUAAGUGGAUUAUGGAAACAAGAAAAUCAUCUUACUUUGGUUCCAGGAUAUACGGGUAACAUAGCAAAGGAUGUGGAUACUUAUUUAUUACAGCUGCACUGACAUUCUUGGAGGACAUAAGAGUGUGUAUAUAUAUGUGUGUGUGUGCAUGUAACUGUGUUGGCUAAAAAAGCCCUUCAGAUAGCUCUGGACAGCAUACUGCUUCGAAAGCGACAUCAUUUACGAACUGUCUUGACAGAAGAGACUAGACUUUCAGUACUGUUUAAUAUAACCACUAAAAUCCAUCUGCUUCACAUUGAAGUGGAAAAAUUUCUAAUAGGAGCAACUUUUACUUCAGUGAGGUGAAAGUGCACUAUGAAAACUGUAUGUAAUGCCUUGCUGCAUCUGGGGAUUUAUUCAGUUGGUGAAGUAAUGAAACUACUACUGUGUUUCUUCUACAUCAUUGUAUAAAACAACAACACUUAAUCAUGAAGAUGGGAUUACAGAACCAGUUACUAGGAACCACAAGAGACCAGUCGCCAUAAAUAUUUUUAAACUUUUUUGUGUAUGAACUGUAAAAUGUUUGUAUAUAUGUAUAUAUUGAACAUAUGUUAACGUUUAAAACAUUGAUCUGCUGUAUUAAAACUCUGAAAUGUCUGCUAUAUUAAUCAAGACAUUAAAGACUAUUUUUGUUGCACUCCUGAGAGACUAUAUAUAGCAAGAGGCCUUAACUACUAAGCAUUGCAAAUAGCCAAUAUAUUAAGAUAUAGCAUAGAGAGAUGAAAGCUCUUUAUUAAAAGUUCAUCAAGGUGGUGUUUAUAUACUGUGUAUAAAUCAUUUUGAAACAGUUUAUAUUCUUAAAUAUUUAGAUGGAUAUUUCCACUGUCUGACAUUCUAAAAAUAUAGGCACAGAGGAAAACCCACUUGGAAAUAUCAACAGAAUGGUGUGAAUCUGUACUCCUAGCGUUUUUUUAAAAUACUUAAAUUUUCUAGCGCUCUACUCUAUCACUUCACAUUACAUGCAUUCUCAAUUUUAUUACUAUGUUCGUUUUAAAAAUUAUGUUAAAAUAAUUUUACCUGGGCCCCCCACCUUACCAGGCACCUCAGCUGCUGUACUCCAGAUAUUUUAUCUCCUGCUCCAGAAAUGUUUACAGCCAAGGUAAGCCUGUGCUUUUCAGAUUCAAAAAUGCAUAUGCUACCUCCUCAACAAGUGGUGCUGGAGAUUUUGCAGGUGUACUUGCCCAAUGGCUAUUUUUCUUAACGAUUACUCUUAAGCAGAAAAGCAAUGCAGUACUUAAACACAAAUGUUUAUAGCUGUAUUUUGUCCUACUGACUUGUAAUUUAGUUCCAGUCUGCUGCUGCUGACCAGCUAGAUUAAAAAGUUUUGAUGGGCUUGAUGACACCUGUUUUAUGUAACUAGUAAAUAUGCUUGUCCAAAUAAAAUUAUAUGACGUGCAGGUGAGCACUAAAACUGAUGUAUUUUUACAGUGCAACUAAAUUCAUUGUUGGGUUAAUUUUUAUUAAAGAUGGCUUGAGACUUAUA